CUGCGCUCUCGUCUGCGCUUCAAGUCCCAAUCAGUCCGUUCCCAUGCGUAGACGCGGCGUAUACGUAAUGUUAAGUCUGUGCGGAGUAGCAACCGCCGCUCUAACCACCUGGCUGGUGAUCUCCCUGACCGGUAGCCCGGGUGCCGAUGCCGCCGAUUCCCCCACCGUGACCGUGCAGUUAGCCAACGGCCAGGGGGAAGUGCUGGGCAAUUAUGGAGUGACCGCCUGGACGGAUCAGACAUUUAUGCAAUUCCGAGGAAUCCCGUACGCCGAACCGCCCACAGGGGAACUGCGUUUUCGGCCACCUGUAGCGCGAUCGGCUUGGUCGCACACCCUUAGCGCCGUGAACUUUGGACAACGCUGCCCCGUGAUUACCAAUUUGGACGGCCAGCUUUCAGAUGCUGAGCUCGAAGAUUGCCUUAAUCUAUCGAUCUACACCAAAAACCUCACUGCCAACCAGCCUGUGAUGUUCUACAUUUAUGGCGGGGGAUACUACAAUGGCUCGGCUGAGGAUCACCCGCCCAACUACAUCCUAGAGAAGGAUGUUGUCCUGGUGGUGCCUCAUUACCGAGUGGGAGCUCUCGGUUGGCUGUCUACCUACUCGGAAGAGCUACCCGGAAACGCGCCCAUUGCCGAUAUUUUGUUGGCUCUGGAAUGGGUGCAGCUGCACAUUGAUCGAUUCGGGGGUGAUCCCGAAAGGGUGACCAUUUUCGGCCAGAGUGCCGGAGCCGGAGUGGCAAGUGCCCUCCUCCUAAGUCCCAAAACAGAAGAGAAUCUCUUCAAGAGGGCCAUUGUGCAAUCAGGUUCGAUUUUCGCCAAAUGGGCGAUCAAUACGGAUCCCAUUGCCCAGACCAGGAGAGUCUGUGCCCAGCUGGGAUGCAGCAAUUGUGACCAGGAUGACCAGAUGGUCAGGUGUCUGAGGGAAGCCAAGGUUGUGGAUUUGGCGAGAAUUACGAUGUUGGAGAGAUUUUCCCCGAUUGUGGGAGAUCUACAGGGAAUCCUGCCCCAAAGUCCCUCUGAUUUGAUGAAGAACUACCGCAGGCAGAUUCCACUGAUGACAGGAUUCACGGAGCAUGAUGGCUCCUUUGUUUUGGCCACUUAUUACGACACUCUUACGGAAAAUAUUGGGAAUGUAAGCGCUCUGACGGUUCGCCAGUUCACCCAGGAGUUUAACGAUAAUCUAAUCAAGGAUUCCUCAGGACUCUCCGAUAAUCUCCUAUACCGACUGCUUUUCAAUCCGGAACUAUUAAGGAGCCACGACCACAAAGCCGCAAUACCAGCAUACUUUGAUCUCACAUCGGUGGUCUACAUGAAGUCUCCUGUGAUAACCCUGGCCAACAACAUCCACACCCACCAGCCGGCCACACCCGUCUAUGUGUACAGUUUCGAGUAUGAGGGGGAGCAUACAAGAUUUGGUUAUGAAUUCGGAAACUCGCACUAUCCAUUCAACGGGGGAGUACAUCAUUCCAACGACAACAUCUACCUGUUUGCCACGCAUCCCUUGGACGAGCAGGACACCCUAAUGGCCCAGAAAAUGGUGGAAGUGUGGACUUCCUUUGCCAUUGAUGGUGUGCCCAGUGGACUGAGUCCUUUGAGCACUCCAAGUGGUCCUUACAAUAAACUAGCCUUGGAGAUAACUAAAGGCGAGGACUUGUUGGAUACCUUAACGGCAGCCAUUGAUGAUCCCGACAAUGGAAGACUGCAGCGGGAGGAUGUGGAGUUUUGAAAAUGUUUCCUAUGAUAGUUAUUUUUAAGUUUUGAUCAACCUUGAUUUCGAAGUUCCUUCUACAAUAUGUACGUCUAUAUGU